AUGUCAAAUUGCUGUCAAAAGACAAACCCUGUCAAGAACAUCAUCACCACAACAACAACAUUUCAUGACCUCCUUCUGAAAUUAGAUAUUGACGAUUUUCAAAAAUCAUAUCAUGCACUCAAGUUAAAGCUUCAACAAGUGGAGACAUUUAUUGCUGAAGACACUAUGAGUCCCAAUGGUGAUGUUUAUGAUCUUCAGCACACUUCUCACCAACAACAACAACAUGUAGAAACCAAUCUUCAAAAUGUUCAUUUACCCAAAAAAGGAAACAGUCGACCUUUCACAACAUCGACAAGAAAACAACUUUCAGAAAUUGCAGUCGUGAACAUGGAUCCCAUGCGUCGAACGAAUGAAAAAUCAUCAUCGACCAACCACACAAAAACAACCACCAAUACCCAACGACAUCCCUCACAUGUCUCUUCUCUCACUUAUUCAUCUUUCCAAAUUCACAAAAGAGGACGAAAACUAAAGACCAAGAUACCCAAAAGACAACAAUCAAUGUCUUUUGAAUUUCUGCAAACAUUUUGA